CCUCAACUCUUUUUCUCAUUUUCACUCAGCGACACCGUUACGGUAAACGGCCAGAUCACAUCAAUUCAUGGCAGUAUGAGACUACUAAGAACAGACACAUUGGAGCUCGUCGAGUUUGUAGGACGCGUACCGCCGUACGUGAUCCUCUCGCACACAUGGGGCGCUGAUGAAGUAACCUUCAGUGACCUGACUCAACUUCCAAAAGCGGCGGUGAAAAAGAGGGCUGGAUAUGCCAAAAUUGCCGGCUGCUGUAGCAGGGCUGCAGCCGAUGGCUAUGAGUAUGUGUGGGUUGAUACAUGCUGCAUCGACAAGUCCAGCAGCGCCGAGCUUUCUGAAGCCAUCAACUCGAUGUUUAUGUGGUACCAGCAGGCGCAUAUUUGCUACGCCUACAUGUCCGACGUAUCCAUGGAUAGCCCAGGGGUCGUUUCCUCCUCGACGACCCAAGGCUCUGCUAGGAAGGAUGCAGCAGAAACCGGCCCGACCCGUCCAACGUUUCACACGAUCCCAUCAAUUCUGAGGGAGUACGACAAGCUGCCGCGAACGUUUGAGAACUCUCGAUGGUUCACCCGGGGCUGGACAUUGCAAGAACUGAUUGCCCCGCCCAUUGUCGAAUUCUACGCCAGCGACUGGCAGGAGAUAGGCACCAAGUUUUCUCUCCGCAAAGUGAUUAGCAAGGUCACGGGCAUAGACAUCCGGGUGCUUGAGGGCGCCGACCCCUCUACAUGCCAUGUGGCCGAACGCAUGUCAUGGGCUGCAAACAGGCAGACAACGCGGGUCGAAGAUGCCGCGUACUGUCUGUUGGGUAUCUUCAAAGUCCAUAUGCCGCUCAUUUACGGCGAGGGUCAGCGGGCUUUCUACCGCCUCCAGAAGGAAAUCAUGAAGACAACCGAGGACUACACCAUGCUCGCAUGGGGACUCUCAAAGUUUCUGAGCAACAAGCACCAUUGGAGAGCCGUCCAAAACCCCUUGAAGCUUGUGGACCCCCGGCGGCCACUAGCCGACAGUCCUAAUGACUUUGAGCUGCACAACCGGUCUCUGUGGACCUACUCCAAGCUUCUCCCGGACUCCAGCGGCGCGGUAGCAGCCCAAGGCUCUCCGAUAGCCGACGACACACCGCCCCUAAUAACCAGCCGCGGCCUCCGUGUCUCGUUGCUGCUUCGGCAGUCGGGACCUCGGAAUGGCGAUAUUCUGGCCUAUAUCAACUGCAAAACGACCAAGCCAGGCGCCCCACCAGAAGCGCCCUUGUCUCCCGUAUGCCUGGUGCUUCACCGCCAGGACGGCUCCAACAUCUACAUCGGGUCCGACGACCCAAACGUAGCAUUCGUGCUAUUGGAUAGCGUGAAGGAACUCGCAUCCUUCGAGCGCAAGACAAUCUACCUCUCAAUCGACGGCAACGACUCGGCUCUCUCUCGGCUACACAACCAUCGGACAAGCAGUCUCGACAAGAACCUGUACAUCUUGGAGAAGCCGCCCUCUCUGCGAGCGGGGGACUCAGCCAUGGCAUCGCGGGCGCCGUGGAAGAUCACAAGCUGCUUCUCUCAUGCCGUUGGCAGUGAGGACGGCCACAGCAAAUACGAGGUGCCACGGAAGUUCAACCCGGCGCAACUCUUCCUCCCCUUUGACCUCCCGCCCUCGACGGUCCGGCUGUUUGCCUUUGAACAGCCGCAGGCAGGAGCCGGGGCGUUUUGCAUCGUGGUCGGCCACGGAUGGUGCGAUGUCGUUCCGGUGGCCGAUCCGGCGUUCAAGGCGCGGUGGGGAAACAUGGUGCGGGACGGUUACUGGAAUGAUUCUCUUGGGCUCAAGUUCAUCAGUCACAUGGCCACGAAGCACCUACAGCAACAGGUCGAUGGGAACGAGCCUGCUGAGAUGGCGGACCGGGUGGUUAAGAAGAUAGGAGAUAUGACGGUCUCCGUCUCGUUGAAGAAGAUUCGAAGGGAUGACAUUAACUGUGACAGCGCCAUCAAGAUCUUGUGGUCUGUGGUUUGGGACUCGUGAUACUCGAUUCUGAACAUCAUCUUAUCAUAUACUAUUUAUUCCCCUAUCACCAUAUUAGACUGUUCUUCUUUGUACGAAUAUCAGGGUAGCGACUAGCGAACUGGUGAACACUGAACAAGCAAACACGAGCACUCGGCGUCGCCU